AUGAUUAACCGCCAUUACAACAAACCGAAGCCGACCGUCGAGCCGAAAUGCUCCAGCGACGACUCGAACGAGGAGGAGACGUCGUCCGGCACGGCGGAAUCGGGGACCAGCUCCGACACCGAGUCGGAGAUGGACACCACCGAGACGUCGUUCUCGUCGAAAAGCGUCACCGAGUGCGGCGCUGCCAGCGGCGGCCAGUUGAGCUGCCAGCAGCAACAUCCGGGCCAGCAACAGGGAUUGCUGCGGGUGCACAACCGCACCUACGGGGUGUACUGUGGUGGCGAGUCGGCCUCGAAAAACUCCAAGAACUGCCAUCACCACCACCACCAUCAUCAUCACCACCAUCAUCACGAUGAUGACUGUAAGAAGGAUGCAAAUUGUUGUAGAGGUGCUCUCGACCGCAAUGCGCGCCUUGUACAUAGACUCAAGAAGGCGAAGAAAACACUACCGAUCAGUAUUUCUAUACUCAACUGCCGCUACGACAUCAUCUCGCGGGUCUGCAAGCGGCUCGGUUACCGGAUAGUCGGUGAGUCGGACCUGUGGAACGUCUGCUGGACCGAUUCGUUCGUCGGGGUGGACUUUUGCCGGGACAUGCGCCGCUUCCAGAAGGUGAACCACUUCCCGGGGAUGUUCGAGAUCUGCCGCAAGGAUCUGCUGGCCCGCAAUCUGAACCGCAUGCUGAAGCUGUUCCCGAUCGACUAUCAGAUCUUUCCGAAAACCUGGUGCUUCCCGGCGGAUUUGGGCGACGCGAUCGCCUACAGCCGGACGCACCGUAGCAAAACGUUCAUCCUCAAGCCGGACCAGGGCUCGCAGGGGAAAGGCAUCUUCCUGACGAAGAACUUGAAGGAGAUCAGCCCGAAGGAUCGAAUGAUCUGCCAGGUGUACAUCACGAAACCGCUGCUAAUUGACGGCUAUAAGUUUGAUUUGCGCGUUUACACGCUGAUCACGUCGACCGAUCCACUGCGGAUCUUCGUCUACAACGAGGGUCUGGCGAGGUUCGCCACGUACAAGUACAAGGAACCGUGCGUGACGAACGCAUCGAACAACUUUAUGCACCUGACGAACUACUCGGUCAACAAGUACAGCCGGACGUUCUCGAACGACGACGAGGCCGGCUCGAAGCGACGCUUUUCCACGCUCAAUCGCAUCCUGACGGCGGAGGGCUACGACAUCGCGGAACUGUGGAGCAACAUCGACGACGUGAUCGUGAAGACGGUCAUGAGCGCCUGGCCGAUGCUGAAGCACACGUACACGGCCAGCUUCCCGACGCACGACAUCAUCCAGGCGUGCUUCGAGAUCCUGGGCUUCGACAUCCUCAUCGACCACAAGCUGAAACCGUACGUGCUGGAGGUGAACCACUCGCCAUCGUUCCACACGGACGAGGCGAUCGACAAGGAGAUCAAGGAAGCGCUCAUCCGCGACACGUUCACGAUGCUCAACCUGAACGGCGAGGUCAAGAAGCGCGUGCUGGAGGAAGACAAGCGGCGCAUCCAGAACCGCUUGCUGCAGCGGUUGCGGGACUGUGCGAAGCAGACGGCGGCGGCCCCGAAGGAAGCGGGUGCGGCGGGACCGGACAAUGACGAGGAGCUGUACGGUGAGGACGGUACGGGACCGUGGGCCGAGCAGAUCAACUGGGAGGAGACGCAUCUCGGCGGCUACCGGCGCAUUCUGCCGGCCCCGGGCGACCCGAACCGCUACCUGCAGUUCUUCAUCGCGCAAAGCCACGCCUCGGUGUACAACGAGACGGCGGCCAGCAAGCGGCGCGAAGAGUGUGCCAAACAGCAGCGCAUCGAGCUGGAGGAGCGCUUCCGCCUGAACCAGGCCAUACUGCACAAACACAAUCGGAAGCUGCAGAAGGGCACCGGGCUCUGCACGGGCGAGGAUGCCGCCGGCGCGGGCGGGGCACUCGCGGCCAAGAAGAAGUUCCGCAAGCGAAAGAUGCCGAAGGUGACGAAGAAACACGACGACUACACGCCGGACCAGAUUGCCGACUUCGAGGAGCGCGAGCGGAUGGCACUGCUCGGCCAGCGGGACUUCCUCAUCCGGACCUGUGGCCUGGUGCAGAGCAUGUACAUCAACUUUCACCGCAACAAGCUGCUGACGGACUCGGACCGACGCAAAUACAAGGAAACGUACGCCAAGCUGAUCGCCAACGAGCACCUGCAGCCGUCGGAAUCGUCGCCACAAUCGAUCCACACGCAGUCGACCCUCCACAGCACCAGCACCGUGGCCGGGUCGGUUGCCGCGGCGUACCACGGCGGCAGUACGACCACCACAGCCAGCACCACCUGCCUGCCAAGUCUUGCGAACCCGCCGAACGGUAGCUAUCACUCCCUACAGCCGGCCUCGGGCAGUGCGCAACCGAAUCAGCUGCAGAAACUGCAGAUCAAAAGUCUGGUCGCCAUCAACGACGUCACCUCGUGGAUGCAGUGCAGCGAGGUGCCGGUCCCGAGCCGACCGCCACUACCCUAUCUGCUGGCCACACAGCCGACCAACUACCGUAGCACCAAGUCGACGAUGGCGCGCCAGGUGACGAACGUUGUGAAGCGCCACAGUCUCGAGUCGCGCCAGUACUACACCUCGGACAAAAUCAUCUAG